CAGCAUUUGUUUUAUUUUAGAGAGAAACCCAUAAAAAUAGAAAACAACCAUCCAUUCACCUUCGAUGGAGGUGGGUGGCGAUGCAUACAUUACUAUUGCCACCAUAUACUCUCAUAUGAGUAUCGGUUACUGCACCUUCCUUUGUUUCUUUGGCUCCUUGUCUGUCCUCACCACACGACUCAGUUGCUCCUCUACCACCUCAACAACCAGUUUACGAGAGAACAGGGCUGGCGGUCCUUUUUCCAAAUCUCAUGCACAUGUAUAUUACAUGAAUGCGAGUAUAUUUGUUCCAGAAUGGAUCUAUUGGUAUCUAUACCUGCCCUCUGUCUCAACCUACAUACCCUCCCCUUCGCGGAAAGAGAUUGGGGUUGAGUUUAGUUCACGGUUGCUUUCGGAGAAAAACACUGAGUACGAUGGGCACGAGUACGCGAUCCAAGCACUGCAUCGCCACCGUAUCUUCUGGUCAUCUGCUCAUACAUUACAGAGGCAAGCCUACGUACGCAGACUAUGUAAUUCAUAGUCCACUCUGAAGGAGGAGACAUGGUGCGUUGAAUGAGGUAUUCCUCCGUACUGGCCUCAAGUCGAUUUACCAAGGAUCCAAAGAAACAUCGAUCUUCUACAGGCUCUUUUUUUUUUUUGAAACGAGUUGGUGCGUGUGCAUGGGGACUGUGCACUGUAACAUGUAGGUUAGAUUUGGUCUCCUAUGCAAAGAGUAGUUGACGCGUAGGCCUGCCUGGCUGAACGUGCUCCUACCGCUUUCAAGCAUGUCUCCUGCGCAUCAGUCUAUGUAAAUGUUCAGCACACACACGGUCUGGGGGUGAAACGUGGCGUAAGGGAGCAUCAUGUGAUGUGGUAUGCCUCCUUCUUGCUGAUGCCUUGUCUGCUGCAUUACUUCCCAUCCCUCUCCUUU